AUGUCUGGAAAGCUCGACCAGUCUCUCGACCAGAUCAUGCAGGACACCAAGCCCACCGGAGGCCGCAACGCACGCCGUGGCCCGAAGCCGCGCAACGCGAAGUCCAAGGCCAAAGCCGCCAUCGCCGCCCCAACUGGAGGAGUUCAGAAGAGCAGGCCCGUCGCCAAGGGACCCGCCAUGGUCGCCGUGAAGACGACCCGCGCGUUGGACUUGGAGAGCAAGGUCAUCGUCAGCAACUUGCCAGAGGAUGUGACCGAAGGGCAGAUUAAGCGCAAGCACGCCAACCUCCACUUUCGAGUGACUGGCAAGCUGUAG